ACUUCCUUGUUUGUGACCUAAAGUAGCUCGGAGCAACUGCUGAACUGCAGCUGACAUGAGUGCCUGGAUCUGAGCAUUAAAACUUCAUUAAGACCAUCAGGCUUUUCUCCUUCAACAUUUCUUCAACUUAUACGUAUAUCAACAUGUCAGCAACCAGCUGUGUUCUGUCUGAGGAGCAGUUUCUGUGCUGCAUCUGUCUGGAUGUUUUUAUUGACCCCGUCACUAUACCAUGUGGACACAACUUCUGCAAAAACUGCAUUACACAACACUGGAAUGUUAACAGUGCUCGGUGCCAGUGUCCCAUGUGUAAAAAACAUUUUAGAGCGCGACCUGAACUGCAUGUCAACACUUUCAUUUCUGAGAUGGCUGCUGACUUUAAGCAGUCGGCUAGAAAGACAGGAGGUGACGGCUCGGAGAUACAAGUUGCCAAACCAGGAGAAAUCCCCUGUGACAUCUGUACUGGAACCAAACUCAAGGCUAAGAAGUCGUGCCUGACUUGUUUUGCCUCCUACUGUAUUAUUCACUUGGAUCCUCAUCAGACAUCUGAUCGUUUGAAAACACAUCUGCUAACUGAUCCUGUGGACAACAUGGAAGGGAGGGUGUGUGCAAAGCACAGAAAACCCCUAGAGCUGUUCUGUAAGACUGACCAGACAUGUGUGUGCUCACACUGCACUGUUACAGAACAUGUGUCGCACAACAUUGUUUCUCUGAAAGUUGAAUAUGACGGAAAGAAGGCCGAGCUGGAGCAGACAGAGGCUAACAUCCAGCAGAUGAUCCAGGAGAGACAACUUAGGUGUCAGAGGAUUAAACAUUUGAAAAUACACAGUAAGGAAGAUGCAGAGACAGAGAUUGCAAAUGGUGUUCGGAUCUUCACCGUUCUGAUGCAGACUGCAGAGAGAGGUCUGAACGAGCUCAUUGAGAUGAUUGAAGAGAGGCAGAAGAGAACAGAAGAAGAGGCAGACCGCUACAUCACAGAACUGGAUCAAGAAGUCUCUGAACUGAUGAAGAGACACGCUGAGGUGCAGCAAUUCUCACGCACUGAAGACCACCUUCACCUCCUCCAAAACUUCAUGGGUACAAGCACUGCCCUGCACACCGGGAACUGGACCGGGGUCAGCAUCUGUCCACCGUCAUACGAGGGGACAGUGACGGAAGCUGUAGCUAAGCUGGAAGAGACACUCAGCAGAGAGAAAGAGCAGCUGCUUCAUGAGGCCAGACUGAGGAGGGUCCAACAUUAUACAGUAGAUGUGAUUCUUGACCCUCACACAGCCAAUCCCUGGCUCAACCUGUCUGAUGAUGAGAAGCAAGUUGGGUGUGCUGAGGUAAGGAGGGACCUGCCAGACAACAAAGAGAGAUUUUCUCUUUAUAACAAUGUGUUAGCACAGCAAAGUUUCUCUUCUGGAAGAUUUUACUACGAGGUUCAGGUUACAGGAAAGACAGAUUGGACUCUGGGAGUAGCCAGAGAGUCAGUGAACAGGAAGGGGAUAAUCCCACUGAGUCCUGUCAAUGGCUACUGGGCUGUGGGUUUGAGGAAUGGAAAUGAGUAUCUAAGUCUGACCAGCCCUGUUGUCAGCCUCAGUCUGAACUUCAGGCCACAGAGGGUGGGAGUGUUUGUCAGUUAUGAGGAGGGACUGGUCUCUUUUUACGAUGUAGAUGAAGCAAUCCAUCUCUACUCCUUCACUGACUGCUGUUUCACUGAGAAACUCUUCCCUUUCUUCAGUCCUGGUCUUAAUCAUGGUGGUGUGAACUCUGCUCCUCUGAUAAUCUUACCUGUCAACCAUGCUGAUUAGAUUUUUCUGUGAAAUGGUUUUUGUAGUUUUAAAAGAGGAAAUCAAAGGAUUAACCCCCCCUAGCUGUUGCUUUGGACUAAUUAUUCCUUCUGUUCUUGCUGUCUACUAAGGGAACCUUUGCAUGCUUCCAAUGUAAACAGUGUAACCCCAUCAAAUCAAGAGCAGAUCCUCCAGAGUUACUUUUUUUGUGUUGAUACACUUCCACAGGAGCUCAGCACAGAAACAGCAGGGAAAACAAACAGAAAAAAGAUUUCACUUUGGAAGAUAUCCUCUUGAUUUGCCUAACAGAGACUGGAAAAGAUUCCUAUUUUUGUUUUAACUCGUCAUUAUAAGCUAGAUUUUAAUUCCACUGUAAAAGGUACAGAAUUAUGACACCAUCAACAAUCCAGUUGCUAUCCUAUAAGCAUCAGUUUCUAAUGCAAUUCUGUCUGACAUGGGUCCAAAACAUGCUGGGAAAUUCGCUUUAUGGCACCAUGUACCAAUACAAAACCAAAUCAGGAAAAGCAUGGCACUUUGUUUUUCUGGGUAGCUAUUGGUACGUUUCGCCAGGUACCUACGAUGAGAGGCGGCAGACAUUCUCCCUGCCCUUUUGUUGGAGUAGGGAGAGAGUUUAGUUUGUGGCUUCCAGCUGUUUGUAUUAAUUUUUCCUCUGAGCUUAUUGAAUACCUGCAACAUCAAACAGCAACAGGAUCCAUAUCAGCAUCUCCAAAGACAGGCACAUUUAUGUUCAGCACAACACAAAAGAGGGGCCUGGUGAUACAGUGGUAAGCACUGUCGUCUCUCAGAUAGAAGGUGCUGGGGUUUGUUUCCCAGUCUGGGAUCUUUCUGCAUUGAGUUUCCAUGUUCUCCCUGUGCAUGCGUGGGUUUUCUCUGGGUACUCCAGCUUCCUCCAACAGUCCAAAACAUGCAAGGUUAAUUGGUAACUCUAAAUUGUCCAUAGAUGUGAAUAUGAGUGUGCUUGUUUGUCUCGAUGUGUAGCCCUGUGAUAGACUGGUGACCUGUCCAGGGUGUCCCCUGCCUUCACCCUAAGUCAGCUGGGAUAGACUCCAGACCCUCCUGUGACACUACAGAGGAUUAAACGAUGUAUUGAAAAUAAAUGGAUGGGCAACACAAUGUUAACUUUAUUAAUUACUUGUAAUUAUAAAUGAUCCUCGACAUGGAGACAGAUCGAUCAAGAUCUAAUCGGUAUCACAACAGUUCAUAUAGUAGCUGUUGGGUCAAAAAAUGAUGUCUACAAUGUCCAGAAAAUGGAACGCAUUGUUUUGUUGUGUUGGCACUGCCACCUCCCCGCUCUCCUGUUUGGUCGCUCAAAAAUAAAUUGCUGGCUUAAUUUUUCACCUUGCUGCUCACAUGUAUAGGUGUCCUCUGAAAUACUGUCAUCACUUUUUUUUAUAUACUUUUGAGGAGAAGAUUGUAUUUGUGCUUUUACUCAGUGCAGGUGAAGGUCCAAAGACAAGACUAAUUACUGAUAUUGUCAUGAGCUGAAAUGCAUCAAAAGAUGAUUUUUAUUUCGAUUAAUCAAAAUAAUUGAUGCAUUUGAUUAUUGUCGCCCUAAGAAGUUGCAGAUGUACUGUAUGUUGAACUUGCUGUGUAUUCUAUUCAAUGACAGUGUAUUUUAAAUUGUACUGACAACAUUCUUAGUGUGUUUGACUCUGCAUGUUUACAUCUUAUGAUAUCACUUAAAUGUGCUUUAUUUUUUAAUGUAAUUACAACAUUAUACAGAACAAACUACUACAGUAUGAUUUAGCUGAAGCAGGCUUCUCCUAAAUACAUGUAAUCAACAAAGUGUCUUCAAAGUCAUUCAUUAGUGCAACUGAAACAAAAGAAGAACAGCACAAGGCCACAUUUUUUAAAGUUAAAGACUAAAUUAAAUCUUUCACACGUUAUAUUUUAUCGUACAGUGUUCUGCAUCAAAGUUGCAUUGUCAAACUGUGUCUCAUCUGUUAUUUAUAAUGUUUUUUUUUCACUUUCACGGGCUAUACCUAUUAGUAUGCAAAAUAAUUGUAUAGUGUAGCAUAGUGCAUAUACUCUGGUCUUUGAGGUUUAAACCAUUACUUUUUAUUUCUGUGUUCUGAUUUUUUUUUUAUAUUUUCCCUGUAAAAUUUUAACAAUGUUAUUGUUAACACUGUUCUUUCAGUGUUCUAUCAAUAUUCAAUCAAUAAAGUAAAUUGGAAAGUGCUGAUAGGGAGGAUGUUACAAAUAAGAAUCCCAGAGUUAGAGGACACAUUCACAACCCAAUGCAAUAGUCGGAUUUCCAUACUGUCUCUGAAAAGUUUAAACUGUCAUAUAACAGUGUAAUCCAGAUAACACGAUAAUCCUUUUUUAUAUUAGCCAUUACAUUGAGGAAAACUGUAUGAUGAAAGUAUGUUUUAAUAUGUAUCUCAGCAUUAAGUUGUCUUUUAGUUGUUUCAGGGAGAUGGUCUAGAAUCUGGAAAUAUCACAACCAUGGCGGUGGGAUAAUGUAUGACUUAGAAAUGAGGAAAAGUAUGUUGUUAGUGCCUAAUAGAAAGGAAUGUCUUUAUUCCGUUUAACAUACAGUGAUCUAUUUGUACUUGAGGAAAAACUGUGCGUUGUUCACUCCUUUAUGUGAUAUAAUAUUAACAUAUAGAGAAACAUGUUUAUAGAAUGAACUUAUCUGUAUUACUAAAACAAUAAAAAGUUCAAAUAUGCUA